GCCUGAUUAUUUAAAGCCACCCAACAUCACUGGUGUUUUCAACUGGGCUGCUGGUUGAACUAGAUCCCUUCCUGAGCAGCAGUCGCGGUGUAAAUGGUGCCAAGAAAAUCAUCUCUGUAGCAUGAGUCUGGUAUCGUCCUGAUAGUCAUGUCAGAGAUCAGAAUGUGGGCCUUCUGGAGGGCCGUCGUGGCCGAGCUCCUUGGAAUGACCGUCUUUGUCUUCAUCGGUCUCUCAGCCGCAGUUGGAGGCAUUAAUAACACCUACCCUGACCAGGAGAUAAAGGUAGCAUUAGCGUUUGGUUUAGCUGUUGCCACACUAGCUCAGUGUUUAGGUCACAUCAGCGGCGCCCACCUGAAUCCUGCCAUCACCCUGGGCAUGCUGGUCAACUGCCAGAUGAGCGUCUUCAGAGCUCUUUUCUAUGUCAUGGCUCAGAUGUUGGGAGCACUGGCUGGCAGUGGUAUUGUGUACGGUAUCAGGCCCAAAACCAUAGAGUCACUCGGUGUUAACAAGCUAAAUGGAAUCAGUCCAGGUCAGGGUUUUGGUGUAGAAUUCCUGCUCACCCUCCAGCUCGUCCUCUGUGUUCUUGCCGUCACCGACAAAAGGCGUGAUGUCAAUGGAUUUGCACCUUUGGCAAUCGGACUGUCUGUAGGGCUGGGACACCUUGCUGGAAUCAGCUACACAGGAUGUGGAAUCAACCCGGCGCGAUCAUUUGGGCCUGCAGUCAUACAGAACUCCUUUGAGGAUCACUGGGUGUACUGGGUCGGUCCGCUGAGUGGAGGAGUAGUGGCAGCUCUUCUGUAUGAUUUUCUGCUUGCACCCAGAGAUGAGCCUUUCAGCGAGCGAACAAGAGCCCUUUUCUGCUGGGGCCCCACACUGGAAAAUGAAAUUCGUGAGCCACUUCUUGAGGAGCAUGUUAACACCGCAGACUCAUCAGAGGCAGAUAUGACAGAAAUAAAAAGCUCGGUGUUUUGGAGGGCAGUGGCUGCAGAGUUUGUGGGCAUGCUGCUUUUCAUUUUCAUUGGUUUGUCUGCCAUUGUUGGGGCGCAUGUGAGCGAUAUCGCUCAGGAGCUGAAGGUGUCGCUGGCCUUUGCUCUGGCCAUUGCCACCUUAGCUCAGAGUCUGGGGCACGUCAGCGGGGCACACUUGAACCCUGCGGUGACUUUGGGCCUGCUGGUCAGCUGUCAGAUCAGUGCGCUAAGAUGUGUUUGUUACAUCCUGGCUCAGAUGCUCGGAGCAGUCACAGCCAGUGCGAUUGUGAAUGGAUUUAAGAGAAGUGGAUCUCUUGGUGUCAACAUGCUUGCCAGUGAUGUGUCUGUCGGACAAGGCUUCACGAUCGAGUUCCUCGCCACCUUUCAGCUAGUCCUGUGUGUGAUAGCGGUGACUGAUAAGAGACGCAGGGAUGUCACAGGCUCUGCGCCGCUGGCUAUUGGCCUUUCAGUAGGACUCGGGCACUUUGCCGCUAUCAGUUUCACUGGAUGUGGUAUCAACCCUGCUCGCUCCUUUGGACCUGCCGUGAUUCGCAGUGUCAUGAAGAACCACUGGGUGUACUGGCUGGGGCCCAUGUGUGGUGGCGUUGCAGCAGCUCUUCUCUACGAUUUUAUCCUGUAUCCACGAACAGUCAACCUGAGAUCUCGCAGGAACGUCCUGCUUCACGGUCCAGAGGACGACACCAAUGAAACUGAAGUAACCGAAGGAGGCAACAGCAGCCCAGGGCCCAGUCAGUGGCCGAAACAAUGAAAAACAUGCAACUUUUUCAGCUUUUUUGUCCUUAAUGGCUUAUUUGUGCUAUUAUUUGAAAGACAUGCUUUCAAUGGGGUCAUGUUUUUGUAAAUUUUUGUCUGUUUUUGUACCAGUGAUUAUUAAAGACCUUUUCAAACA